AUGGAUAGAGGACCAGCAAAAAAAAAGGAAGAGUCUGGGUAUGAGACUCCGCCCACUUGCAUCCUACUGGACCUCCUGCUGAAAAGCCGACGCCCUUCGGGCCCAUUUAACGAAGUCUGGCCCAACAUCAUCAUCUCUGAUGCACGUACAGCAACGGAUCUAGCGCUGCUGAAGACUCUGAGAGUGACUCAUGUACUGAAUGCUGCUCAUGGCCCCGCCCACAUAGACACAGGCUCCGCCUUUUACUCCGACACCCACAUCCAGUAUCAUGGUGUAGAGGCUCCAGACAGCAGAGACUUUGACCUGUCAGUUUUCUUCAACACUACAGCUGACUUCAUACACAUGGCUGUCACCCGGGACUCAGGUAAAGUGUUAGUGCACUGUGCUCGGGGAGUUAGCCGCUCGGCUACGCUUGUGUUAGCGUACCUCAUGAUCUACGAGCGACUCACAGUUGCCGAGGCAAUUGAGGCUGUGCGAGGUCACCGGAACAUUCUGCCCAAUAUUGGAUUUCUGGAACAACUACGAGACCUUGAUGCCAGACUUGCUGUGCAGAAAAAAGACAUAAAGACAGCCAUAAGACAGACAUCCAGAGGACAAAUGGGAUCUCAUGGAGUGAAGGCAGAUAUACCUGAGGAAAAAGAAGAAUACGUGACACCCAGUAACUAUGAGCUGGAGAAGCUGCUAGCGCGAGGAACUGUAGCGUACACACACGUCAACGAAGUGUGGCCCAACAUCUUUAUAGGAGACGAGCAGACAGCACGGGACUGUUAUGGCUUACAGAAACUGGGCGUGACUCACGUUCUGAAUGCUGCAGAGGGCAAGAGGAACAGUGUGUGUACUGGAGCUGGUUAUUAUAGCAACAUGGACAUAGAGUAUUAUGGCAUUGAGGCAGAAGACAUUCCUUCAUUCAACAUCAGUGUGCACUUCUUCACUACAGCGGAGUAUAUGAGACGCGUCCUGAGUAAUGCACAGAACAAACUGCUUGUACACUGUGUAAUGGGACGCAGUCGCUCAGCCACACUGGUCCUCGCCUACCUGAUGAUUGAGAAGAAGAUGACGCUGGUGGAGGCCAUCGAGCAGGUGAAGCGCCGCAGACAGAUCAUCCCUAACUGGGGCUUCCUGAAGCAGCUGAGGGAGCUCGACGUCUUCCUUCUGGAGCAGAGGAGUGAACGCACACACACACAGACUGCAGACAGUACUGAGCGGACUAAUCAAUAACACCAACAAUAAAAAACCUUUAAAUCAGUAUUUUAUCAAUUACUGACAGCACGACUAGCUAGCUACUUAAUGUUACCCAUGUAUGCCCAUGGUGUCUGUGCUAGAAUGUACACAGAGUUGCUCGUUUAUUCACUAAACAGUCUUCUGUUCCCUUCCCUUAUGGUGGAUGUAAAUGUUUAUAUAAAUAAAUAUUUCUUAAUUGAAUACUUAUUUUAUUAAAUAAUAAUUUAUAACUCAUGUUUCA